UUUCGGCUUAUUCAUCAUCCAUCAUACACAAUAAAAAUGAUUUGCCCAUCUAACAAAUCUUUAUUGAUUCAAAAUUGAAUAUUAAAUUUAUCAAAUUAAAGUUUUUGAAGAUUUCAUAAAAAAAACAUUCAACCUACCAUUCCAGUUAAUAAAAUUAGAUCAUAAUAAUAUUCAAUAAUAUUCCAGUAAAGUAGAAGCUGUAAUGCGUUUCUUUUUAGAGUUUCUUAUUUCUAGUGAUACCAAAUAAAAUUUAGUAUUAUUGAGAUAAUUAUGCGUGAAUAGAAAUUGUUAAAACUAUUACUAUUUUAUUCCAAUGCACGGUAUAGUCUCUAUUUUGGUUAUAAUUAGUCAAGAAUAUUCUUUAUUUAUAUUUCAUUUCUAUUUGGAUAUUCUCAAGGUAGCAUUUCAAUAAAAACAUUAUUUUAUUUUAUACAUGAUAUGUAGUCAAUGUACAUUGAAAUUAAAAAGAACGAUAUGUUAUGGCACCAUCAUGUCUCUAUUCAAAAUCUGAAGAAACAAAAAUGAUGAAAUAUAAUUUUUCUUGAGAUAUUGUAAUUUAUAACAAUAUUUUUAAAUUUUUUAUCAUUUUAUCAAAUCAAUUAAAUUAAAUUCUCUAUAGUAAUAAAGACGAAAAACACAACCAUACUGUAUAAUGCUAAUGCGUCAACAUCAAAAUGUUUUCCCCCGUACGUAUACCUUAAAAUCUACCUGUUGCAUGAGCAUAUAAUAUACAAGUUAAUUCUAGACAUUUUCUAUUCUAAUAACCAGCUGACUACUAAUAUUAUAAGUUUGUAUUUUCUCUUCCAAUAGACCCCAGAUUGAACGGAACGCGGCAAACCAUAUGGCUUACUUUAGAGUACUCUAUCUAUAGUAGGCUGUGGGCAAACACAUGAUGUCCGUAUCAUGUUCAAUCUAAUAGAAUAUUUUUAUAUAAGACGUGGAAAAACAUUUUGUUGACAAAUUUAGUGUAAACGCAGAUUGAAGCGUUGUUUUCUAGUCCAUUCAAAGUUGAUUCAAUUUGCAAAAAUACGGUACUGUAAAGUAUUUUUCAUGAAACUUGGCCUUUGAAUUAUAGAUAGAUAGGAUCAAAAACAGCUCCGACAGAUUUUAAAAAUGGAGGAAAUGCAAAAAGAAAUAGCCUCUAUAUCAAAAGAAGAAAGUGAAAUCACAUCAUUGUCCGGAGACGGCAGAAAAAUAGUUCCAGACUUUGAAAGAAAUAAUGAUUAUUUAAAACAAUACGACCUGAAUGAGAAUGAUUCAAGUACAAUGGAAACAACUGCAGCUAAAAAGCCGAAAACUGUGUUGAAAAUGACAACAUCGCCUCUCCAUUACAACACCAUCGGAAGCUAUUUGGCAGCCAAGCAAGAGGAGACCGAGUUGAAGUAUCGGCCAGUGUGGGACAGCAGUCCACAAUGUAUGAUGCGCGACACUGUUCAAAUAAGAACUGCACUCUCCAAAAUGGAGGAGCGCACGCAACGCAAGAACGCAGAACAUGAGAACAGGCGAACGCAAAUCAAUAAAAUGAUCCAAGAUCUGAGAAGCGACCAGGAACAGCUGACUGAGCACCUCAUCAAAUAUUCCGAGUUUCUCGAUGAGAACGCUGAGAAGAAGCAACGCUCCAAGGAAAUCAUCGCUCGUGAAGAGGAACUCAGUAAAGAUCUUGAUGAGCAGAUUGCUUUUGCUGAAGAAGAGGUUCGAAAAGCAACGGAGAAACGGGAUCGAAUGAAGAGAGUGAUUAGCAGCAAGCAAAAGUUUGUUGAUUUUCUAGAAAAGGUGGUCUCCGAGAAACCUGUUGAAUUCAGCAGGGGCAUUGAUGAUGUUGAAAACAGAUAUAAGCUGCUGCAAGGCAUCGUGAUGGGCGCAAUCGAAGGCAAGAAAGUGUUUGUGGAGCGGAUCCAAGUGGAGGGCGCGCGCUACGCAAAACAGCUCAACGAGUACAAAUCGCAGAUCAUUGACAAGAACAACCUGAUCACCAGUCUGAGCGUGCGCUCGGAUACGGCCCAGAAGGAGUUGCGUUAUUGGACGGGCAUCGUUGACAAAGUCGACCAACAGACCGAGACCAGCAUGAGCGACCUUCAGAGUGUCAAAGACGCUUGCUGGAACAUGUACGUGCAAAUGUGCGACCACUCAGGUCGUCCCGUAACGCUCACCGAGGACCAAACUAUAAAACAGCUAAACCACAUUGUCAAAGAGAUUCUCGACAAACGACGACUGAUAAAUAUUUUCAAACGAUUGCAAACGAGUGACAUUACCAGUAAACCGUCAAAAACAAAACAACCGGCUAAGAAUAAUUAACACUGAAAAUACCAUGUUCAUCGGUCAAGGUCAAGUAAGUAGCAGAUAUUUGCUUGUACGAAAUCUUCAAAUUUAACUAUCGAAUCAAAAGAAGAGUUCAGUGAACUUGUGGGAAAAUAAAUAGAACAAGAAUCCGAGUGUUGAACAUAAAAAACCACGGAUAGAAGUCAAGGGUGAAGAACAGUAAAGUACAGUUGCCUACACAUUUUUGUUAGUUCGAAAUCAAUAAAUUUCAAUCAGCUAUCAAUGACAUAAUUUAUUUUGCAAAAAUGAAUUAAAUAUAAGAGCGUUGGAAUUGUAAAAACAAAAUAAGCCUACCAUAGAAGGCAACAAGAUAAAAUCUGUUCUUAGUAAAGUGUGACACAAUAAACUAUGUUAAUCAGCUAUUAAUAGGCCUUGUAUGACAUCUAUUCAGCUAAUAGGAGGAAAAAAGGUGUUUUGUUUCGAAGGGGGAAAAAGCAGAGAAUACAAGCAUAUCUAUAAGAAUUGAACAGAAAAACCUCGGCUAGAGAUCGGAUAGGUACUAGUUUCUUGGUUGAUUAAUAAAUAUUCAACUCAGCUGCCUGAUCAAGGUUGUGUAUAAAUAAUAUCAGGCUUUCGAAAACUUUUUAUUGGUGGCGACAUUUUACAAGGUUUUUCGGUUUGGAUAGCCUACUAUGAAGUUAUCAGAAUGAAAUAUAUUAUGAUGAAA